AUGUCAACUCUGUCUACACUUCUAAUCGAAUCAUCUGAUUUUCAUCAAUAUCGACCGCAAUCAAUUUCAAUGGCAUUAGAUUCCUCAUCUCAAUCAUCAAAUGAUACUUCAUUGAAUCUUCUGCAUCACGACGAGGAGAACAAGGAAAUCUCAACGUUAAUCAAUCUGCUUAUUUUACGUGUUGAAUGUCUCACGAAUACGACAACGUUGAUCGAAACAAGCAAGAAGCCGAACAUCUACCCGUCGAUCAAACAAAUUGAUCAAAAUCUCACGGAAUAUCUCUAUUAUCUUUUCAAUAAAUUUACAAAAGACGAUCCAGAAAUCGGCGCACCAAUGAUUGAUAAAACAAAUUUUGUCAACGUAUGUCAAACAUUAGUGCGUAAUGGUUGUUUUAAUAUGCCAUCAUCGACGUCACCUGAUCAAUCAUAUUCAGAAGCGACAUUAACAAAUAGUAAUGAACUAACAUUGAUUCAACCGGCAGUACGUGAGUAUAAGCCAGAUGCCGAUGAGAUGACAUUAGACAAGUCGUCUAUUGAUGAAACAAUUUCAUUGAUGCCAAUGAGUGAUCAAGAUACUUGGCUGGUGGUGGAUCUCGAACCAUUUAAACCACAAUAUUCAAUAGUUAAUCCUAAUGAAGCAAAAUGUUUAUUACCAACAUCAACGUCCGAUGAUCAAUUACUAUUGACAAAUGAAAAUUAUUUUUCGUUCGAAGAAAUCAAAUCGUCCUGUGGUUCGGAAUCGUCACAUAGUAAUUAUUUUUCGCCCAACUCGUCAUUAGUUGAUUUACAAACUAUGGUACAAGAGUUCGAUGAAAUAAAUAAUAACAAUCAUAAUAAUAAUAAUAAUAAUUCAUUAUUCAAUGAAGAUAAACAAACUCAUGGAUCAACAUCAAUUGAACAUGCUUCAAACAAUACUAACGUCAUUAUAGAAGACAAAGAUCAUCCAAGCAAUAAUGACAUUUGUACAGGAUUAACUAAUGAGCAAAGUACUAUUAAGAGCAAUGAACAAGUAGUAUCUUCGUCAUCAUCGCCAACGAUGGAGACAGCAGAGCAAAUGACAAUCAAUAUCAAUGGGACUAAAUAUCGACGAGAUAAAAAAUUACAAGAACGGUGGACGAUAACCACAAAAAAUGAAACUCCUAAUCAGAAUCCGCCGGUUAACAAAGCAAAUUUAGGUGUUGAAUUUCCACCCAUCGCAGUUUUACGACGGAAAUUCUCCACAUUACCGGCGCCAACUAUUUUAAAUCCGGUACCCAUCAAACGUAAAGAUAGUUCGACGAUAAAAUCUAAAGGACAUUCAAAUAACACUGAAGUAAAUAAUCCUUCAGAAGAUAAUAUUAACAAAGCAAAUACCUCAAAUCCUUCGAUAUCAUCAGAGACUCAGGAGAUUCAGGCGCCACCAAUGACACCGCCGAUAAUUCUGAUCGAAGAUGUACCGAAAUCUGAUCAACAGUCGAAUGAUGUAGCAUUAUUAAUGAAUAAUCAGCAGACAAAACAUGAUACUCAUCAUUCCAUCGUCGUCGAUCAGGCAAACAAUUCAAUAAGUACAUUCGAAAUGAAGGAAGAAUUAAGUCCUUCGUCGUCUUCACAGCAUGACAGAAAUUUAACUCACAUUAGUGGGAAUCAACAGAAAACGGCUCCUUCUGACAUCGUCACGGAUUUAUUUGCUUUGAACUCAACCUUUUCCUCGUCAUCUUCUUCAAUAACAAACACUGAUGAGACAAAGACAAACGAGUUUUUAUUAAAAGAAACUGUAGUAGAAGAAGAAGAAGAAAAAGAGAAAAAAGAAGAAGAAAAAGCAUACUAUCACGACGAUAACGUUGAUGUAAAAGAAAAGAACAACACUACCGUUGAACGCAAUUACCACGCGUCGGGAAUGUUAUUAAUAAACGACGAACCAACGCAAACACUCUUGUUAGAGCAAGAGAAAAAAGAACAACACUCGACACCGUCAUUAACCGCAGAAGCUUGUAAUCAGCAACGACCUGAAAAUGAUUGUUCGAUGGAGAUUUUAUCAGGCGAGUUACAUACAAUGAUCAAUGUUAAUGUCGAAGAUAAUGAACAACGUUAUAAAACAAUCGAAAUUGAAGAAAUACCUGAUGAAGAAGAAGAACAAGAAGUGCUCUUAGCACAGAACAAUCUGUUGAUUGAACCAAUUGAUUACAUUGUAACUGAUGACGAACCGAGAAAAUCAUCACGAAGCAAGACUAAACCAACACCAGUAGGAAGCGAUAAUCCAUUGGAAUUCGAUCCCGUCAUUUCUUGUUAUGAGAAAGUUCUUUCGAAAGUUGCUGAAACAAUGGGUGAUUCGACAAAUGCUACAUCGUCGGACUCGUCUGUAUCUGCUCCAACAGAUCGCAAUCGACGUGCGGAGGAAGAUCCGAUUGCACUACGUGCAUUACAACGUUUUGAACAACGUAUGAGUGCUGCUGUUGCGGCGAAAACGACCAGUGAAGAAAUCGGUUCUACAUCUGCUCGGAGUAAAUCUUCCUGGUCAGGUACAUCGACAACCCCUCGAAAGUCAGUGGAAAACUUAUUUAAAAACAAUCCACAACUUCCUCCGACUUCCAUGCCAUCGAAUGAAGAAGGUUCACCAAAGAAAAUGUCACCACGCCAACGUGAUACAUUCAUUCGUCCACGAAAGUCAAUGUUAGACGAUGUUGGACUUAGUUUCAAUAGAACAAUGAAUAUCAUCAAUGCACCAACAGCCGAUUCGACUAAGGAUAAUCAUAGUCAAUGUGAAGAGCAACAACAGCCGAUAGAUAUAUUAGGAGAUGCCAAUGAUCGAGGUGAGUUUAUUACCAAUGAGACGAUGAAAGCAGUUGACUUAGACGAUCAUCAACAACAGGAAUCAGAACCAUCAGUUGCAGUGGAUCCAUCAGCGACUAAUGAAACGGUUUCAAAUAAUGAAGUAGAAGAGUCCAGUAUAUUACUCAUACGUCCAAUAUCGGAGAAUGUACCAUCGAAUGCGUCAAUGACCGCAGUAGCCGGACAAAUGCCAUCGGAACAGCCGUCUCUUGUACCUUAUCAUCUUCAACUGGCAAGUCGGCCUCGCUUGAACACACUUGAACGUUUUCGUGACUACCGUCAGAAUUAUGAUGCAAAUUCUGCCGCACCGCAACCGCAACCACAGCCACAGCCACCACCAUCCUAUCAGACUAACUACAAUGUUAAACCAGAAGAUCUUCAAGACCCAAUUAUUCGUCGCGCACUUGAGCGGUUCGAUGAAAAAAGUCGUUCAUUAGCUCAACCAAAGCCAAUGAAUUACGAUGACAUUCAAGAUCCAAUCACACGACGUGCAUUAAUGAGACUCGAGACAAAUUUAAAACGAACUGCACCCUCAAAUCCUCCACCCAUUACCAAUGAAUCUAAUGAAACAUGGUAUACAAAUAGUUACACACUUGGUUCAUUACAAACGAAUAAUGAUAGUCGUCUUGGUCGCUAUCCUCCGUCAUCGCUACCUCCAACUGGCAACCCGAAAACAAUGCAUACUUCUGUGCAUCAGCGCUUGUAUUCAGCAUCAUCUGAUAUGCCAGAAGUGCUCGCAGGUAAUAUGAACUCGGGCAAUGAUCAAGAGAUACCAAUAGUUCGUGUUCCAACGCAACCAGUCUAUGUCACAUCCAAUCAACAGCCGAUUAGUUUGCGUCAACGCUCACGUUCAGAAGAUAUGCUUUCAUCAAGAGAAAUGUCAAUUGCUCAAGUGACAAAUGUCGACGAAAAUGAUACAUCUGAAAUUCAGCGAAAUCACUCAUCAAAUCAACUUGCAUCACAAGAAACGCCGGUUGCAACCGAGGUGAAUUCAAACGAAGGAGAUCUGCAAUUGCCACAAACGAUUACGAAAUCAAUCGAUCCACGGUUUGUACGGACACAAGAAGCAGCUGUCAAUUAUGCGACAUCGACACAAAAGUACUCAGCCUAUAGCUGUGAGUACACACGUCCACAUCGCACUCAGUCUGUCGAAUCAACUCGACCAGAAUUUUCUCCCCGAAACUUUGAACUACAGCAGCAGUUCCUACCGGCAACAGAUAAUCUCGUUCAAUAUGCAACUUCAUCGUCAUCAUCUGCAUUUACACCUGUUCAUCCUUCGACAAAUAACUACCAUCCUCAAUCGCAACCAUUGACUAUGCCAUCUUAUAAUUCAAUGUACACAUCAAAUAAUCCUCAACAAACACCUUAUUCAGAUGACCCAAUUGUGCGACGGGCACUCGAACGAUUCAAUUCACAAAUGCAAAAUAGUAUCAUGAAUACCUCGCAACAUCAACAUCAAUCAAAUUUCUUACCACGUCAGUUCUCUAGUGAAUAUCUACGGCAUGGGGGUCACGAAUCCUUUUACCCUCCUGAACCUCAUCACUACGAUCCUUAUGUAAAUUACAACCGUGCUAUGCAACCGCUAACCGGUACUAACACAGGUUAUCAAUCAAUCAUUGGACGUCGUCGACAAAUCCGUCAUGAUGAUGUUUACCAUGAUAAUACAAACAUCGGAAGUGGUUAUACAACUCCCCUCUUUGCUAAUUCUCAGAAUCCAUACCCUUCUGUGAGUCCUUAUGUAAAUUACAACGACGAACCGCCAGCAAUUCCACCACGUUUGCAUCGUGAUCUCUACCAUGAACAACAAGAAUAUCAAUCAGAAAAUGUGAAUACAAACAACAACAAUAACAAUAACAAUAAUAGUUAUAUCCACUAUGGAUAUCCACCGCCACCAUCAACAAAUGGAUUUCGAUCGACAAAUCAUCAUUUGAUGCCAUCCGAUUCGUUUCAUCAAUAUCAAGAAGAAGAAUAUUUACGCCAUCGUGCUCAAUCAACCUCGAGCACAACUUCAUCCGAUAGUAUGAAUCAAAUACGUUUGAUACAACAACGAUUACCACCCACAUCUCCUCGGACAAAUCCACAACAGAAUAAAAAGAAUUCACCAGAUCACUCGCAAGCGCCAUCAGGUCGAACAACGCCAAGCAACGGCAGUCAACCAGGCGAUUCAGUAUUUCAGCGUCUUUCUCAUACAUCAACGAAAUCGUCCUUGUCCAAGUCAAGUUCUAAUCUAUGCGCAAACAUACUAAACAAAACUAUUCAUUCACCAGAACAACAGAAUCAAAUCAAAUCAAGUCAGUUAAAAGCCCAUGAAAUCGAUCUCGAUGAUUCGAUAAUCACGGAAAACAACCAAGUAUCAGUCACAUCGCCAACAAGUAAUUUAAGUAAAUGUCAACGUUCAAGAUCGGUCGAUGGUCGUGCACGACUGAAAAGUGCACAAAACCGUAUACAAAACGCCAAUCGUUCAACGAAUAACGAUGACGAUGAUCAUCAUCACCCGCCCCCGAUUCCAUCAUCAAAAUUUACAUCUGUUCAAUCUCGUUACAAUGCUCCACCACCACGUGUUCCAUCAGCACCGCGAUACGCCCAUUCGGAUCGACCAGCCAUAACGAAACGGUUACCUAACGGACAUCAUCCGACCCAGGCCAGGCAUAGCAAUGGAGUUCGAACACGGAAUAACCAGGGAAACUUAGUUGAUACAGAAAAUGAUGAAAACUUAGCUAGUAAUGAUAAUUAUCAGCCGAAAAUUGUCGAUAAUAAAAUACGGCCAUCAGCUUCAGGUCAUCGAUACGGUACUAACAAUAGUAUUCAAACAUCAGCAUCAACGUCUUCUGUCACGGCUGCGAUGUCUCGAACAAAAGCGCCUGUGUCCACAUCAGCAAAUCUCUAUCGAAGGGAUUUAAACGCAUCUGGAACUGAUUUAAACAGAUCAUCAAAACGUACCGAUGAUCAACGACUUCUAUCUCCUCCUACUCAACGUCGACAGAUCCCAGUAUCUGUUUUUUCACCAGCAAAAAAUGAAACAAAACGACCGGCACCCGCUCAGUCUUCAUCGACCACGCCAAUCAAUGAACCCGUCUCAACUUGCAAUGGUGAAUCUCACGAAGAAGAAGAACAACAACAACAACCACCAUCCCAAUCGCCAACAGGCGAAAAUAGUUAUACUACACUAAACAAUGAAAAUGAAAUGAAUAAGAAGAUUUCAAGCACAAGUUUGAAAUCAUCAACAGAAAACAUCUUGAGUGAACUUGCCUUUUCUAACGACAGACACGACACAAGCAAAAAGAUGAACGUUUUCGAACGACUCUUUCGCGGUCAUAAAAAGAAAGUUUAG